UCAGUCCCAAGCUAGCCCUCGACUCGAUCGCAUCGAUCGGUUUUCGUCUCGUUUCGUUUCACAGUGAUCGCGCGACUUCGCGCAAUGGUUUGCUUCGAUCCAUUGUUUACCGUCAGCUGUUUGUGCUGUAAUUUACAAUACGAUGAUUACUAGAUUGAAUGCAGUUGUAAUAGAGUGCGGGUCGCCGAUAAUAGUGAGUGCACCCAGUGAGUGAUGUUUGAGCGUUUAGUUAACACAUGUUGUUUCGCAAGUGUUUUACAACAACGGUGAACCUGUACGUAGAAAGUACGUGUGGAUAUGAGGAAUAUUGACGAUCGUGUGCGGCGGCGUCGUGUUUAGAUGCGAAAACAAGCAAAGGACUUCUGCGAUACGGGUAGAGUGAGACGCAUAGGGUUGGUAAACACCAUCGUUUUUUUUUUUUUUGUAUUAUGCAAUACAAGUGCUUACUACGAUGGGUAUACUCAGUGGUGGCCAACAAGUGCCUAGGUUUGUAGUCGUACUUUGAUAAGAAGAGAACCAGUGCGUACAGGCGUAGACUUUGUCGAAGAAGGCCAUUGGUGCGUAUCCCGCGCGUAGUUUCGUUUCAAUCUAGUAUCAAGAAGCGAGUAAAGUGCGUAAAACAAAUUAACGACUACGACACAGAACAGUAUUCAUUGUGCAAUGGACGAUAACUGGAAGUGAACAGUUGCGAUUCCAAAUGAAUGCUUACUUGUGCACUGAACAACGAUCUUCAAUUGAGCAAUACGUAGAACAAAUUAAACCGUUGUUGGCGAGAAGCGUAGCGUAGCGCGCCCGGAGAAGAAAUUUAAAGGUCAAUUCCGCUAAUAGAAUAAGUGACUUUGCGCUUAAUUAGUGCGAUCGUGCGCUGCUGACGGGUUGAGAUCAGGCAAAGGUCUCCUUCACUGUCUACAGUCUAGAGUCUACAGUGCGGAAAGUUCUACAUGUGUGGUCGUAUUGGGAAAUGAUCUAUCAAUCAAGUUGAUUUGUCACCAGCGCCGCCAGCGAAGUGCACUUGGCAAUGACUAGUAGUGGCAGUCGUUCUAUCUUGCCAAUACGUGAUCAUGUAGCGAUCGUUCGAAGAAGUCAGAAGAUCAUAACGAAAAACCAAACGAAAUACCCGGAAGAGGUCAUUAUCGAGUGAAACAAAAACGAGUUGAGAAGGUCUAAAUGAGUAGAAAUUGAUCUUCAGGAAGAGGAUCGCUCCAGAGAAGGCUUCGGUGGUUGAUCCUCCUUUCCGUUGUGCUGCUGGAUCGAUUAUGUUCGGUAGAUGAUUCGGUGAGAUGAUUGCUCUCACAUCCGACGAAGCAGACGGCGGCGGAUGAAUCAAAGUGAUCAAGUGUGAGGUGUGGGUGUGGUGUGGAAGGUUAGAAAUUCUCAUUUCCCUAUGACCCCACGCGAAGAUCGUCGAGUGGAAAGAAGUAGAAUCUCACCCAGUUUGGGUCGGUGAAAAAAAGUGAAAGAAGGAAACGAUUAGCAUCGAUCGUUGAAAAAGUGCUCGAAGGAGAUACAAACCUAGUAAGUGAGCGGGGGCAGUGAUCGUGGGAAGAAGCUGCGUGUGCAUUGAUCGAGGUGAAGUAAUUACCCCCGAAAAGAAAAAAAAAAGGUGGAGCGGUGGUUGAACCGAUGAGUAAAGCGCCGCUGCUAGUGGUAAAGUUUACUGCACACAGCUCGGUUCAUAGGCAAACAAGGCCGGUGUUGUCCGGAUACAGCGCAGUAUUAUAACGGUGUGGCCGAAGAAACUGAGAAGCGAUCACGUACUGCGGAGAAAAACUGCAACAACAGCUAAACCAUCUCCGCAUACACGUCAUUGUUGAAGAAGAAGCAGAAGCAUCCAGCGAGGAUGGGUAUUUUGAUUCUGGGGGCCUUGGCCUGGAGCCGCCAGGUGGCAAAGCUGACGCUGCUGUUGCUGUUAGCCGGUACCGUUUCCGGGAAUCACCACAACACGUCGCAAACGAGAGACUGUUCCCUGCUGCACCCGGCAUGUGUCCGCUGCAACGAGCGUGGCUGCGUCAAGUGCGCCGAGCUGAUCCAACUGGACACCAGGGAUUGCGUGAGCGACUGCCCCGGUGGAUACGUCGCCAAGUGGUCCAGCACGUCCGAGUUCAUGGGCCGCGUGUGCUACCCGGUGGGAUUCUCCGGCUCGUUUCUGGCAGCCGUCGUUGGAAUCGCUGCCGGUGCCGUGCUGUGCAUUGUUCUGAUCAUCGCUGCCAUGGCCGUCAUCCGGCGCAAGCAAAAGCGGAAAAAGUACCGGGAAACCUUCAUCGAUGAGAACAUCGAUCGGCUAGAGUUUCUCAAACAGCUGGAUGAGCUGCGCCCACAAGCUGAAUACUUCCUCCAGAUGCUCAACGACACCAGGCGACAGAUUCGCAAGCUACACCUGGCCGGCGACAGCUCCGGUGCUGCCACCUACCAUCCAGUCGUUCGAGAUCUUGCCAAAAUCCUAAUCCUACUCAACAAACCGAUCGAAUUGAUCAGUUCUCCCCCGCACGACUGGCAACGGCUCUACGUAUGGGCCGAGAAGGUCCUCGAUCGCUACAAACCUGAGCUGACACAGUUGAUCGAGUUCCUUCAGCAACCGUCGAUCCCUUCAUCCGCAUCGGAUCCGCGCCUCGGCCCUAGCGAACAUUCCACCUUCAAGUCCAAAUUCAGCGGAAGUGCAACGGCCGUCAACGAAAGUGAUGCUUCGCCUAGCCUCAGUGCCAAAAAUCAACGGAACCUACUGCAGCCAGAGUCGGCUUCCAAGCAGCAGAAUCAUUUCCUUGGUUCGCUCAUCAGCUUGCACGAGUUCGAUGAACGUUCAUCGUGUUCGCAGGCCGACGGGGGCAACUCUAGCAACCCAUUUGGGGACACAUUCGAUCACGUCCGAUCGUACCUGUCGACAUCGGGCAUCAACGACAGUUCGCUCUGGCUGCAGGAUGAGUUCUUCAAACUGGGCUUCCGGCCGCAGGAUGAGAUCACCACGGAGCUGUAGAUCAAUACUGAGCGAGAGACAUUCCAACCCGCGAACCGCGUGUAAAUAGCCGAGUAUUAUAAAUUUUACGAUGUGAACUGAGCAAUCGCCGAAAAGAUCCAUACAAUCACGAAACUAGUCAAAGCUAUUGAAUUAUUAUAUGUAGAUGGAAGAUAUCGUUUAUUAAUUUAAUAUAUGUAAUAAAAUAUUUAGUAAUACUUAAGGAUUCUGAAUCGAACGAACAAUGUUGAAUUUUUGACAAAUUCGACCAGUAGGGUUUCCGAGAAAUAGAGAAUAUCUUUAAACAGAGUUAUAAUUUCCCUCUCCUGUAUAGGGAUGAGAAAAGUGAGACAUUCAUGUAUCACAAUACCAUGGAAGACGGAACAAAUUCUACGGAAGAAGUGAAUAAAUUAGAUACUGAGUAA